ACAGCAACGCGUCCGCCUUCUCUUAUUUCAAGAGCACAUGGUUCCAGGAAGCCCCCACAUGACGAGCUCAACUCACCCCUUCCUUGCGUGUGUGGCAUGUACACACCUGUGGGGCUGAUCGAGGAAGUGUGAAUGUUAGUAUCGGCUUCAGGUGUGUUUUUCGUCGGUAUUAAGAAUACGUCUUACGAGGCUCUUCGACCAAGCACAUUACUGAAUAUUGCCUGUAGAAGUGUACGCUGCCAGACGGUCAGUUAUCCAGAAGAAGGGGCGGAAGUGAUGCAAUAUAGAAGUUAACCAUGGCUCCACAUCCUGUCACUCAAGCCAUCAUUGAUCUGUCAGCAGGAGCAUGUGGUGGGAUUGCAUGUGUGUUCAGCGGGCAGCCCUUUGAUACAGCCAAGGUGAAGAUGCAGACUUUCCCCGGCUUGUACAGAGGCUUUGUCCACUGCUUCGUCUCAGUCUAUAAACAGGUUGGACUCCGAGGACUUUAUCAGGGCACAACGCCUGCCCUCAUAGCCAACAUUGCUGAAAAUGCUGUGCUCUUCAUGAGCUACGGUUUCUGCCAGAAUGUUGUCCGGUUUGUUUCAGGACUUGACAGAGACACAGAACUCAGUGAUGUUCAGAAGGCCUGCUCGGGCUCUGUUGCUUCUGUCUUCUCCUCUCUGGCUUUAUGCCCCACUGAACUGGUUAAAUGUCGGCUGCAGGCCAUGCAUGAGAUGGAGGCAUCUGGCAAGAUCGCCAGUGGACAGAAAAGCACGGUAUGGUCUGUUGUGAAAAAUGUGUUAAGGACAAACGGACCUCUUGGUUUCUAUCAGGGUCUCACCACCACUAUAGUCCGUGAGGUACCCGGAUACUUCUGUUUCUUUGGAGGAUAUGAACUCAGCCGCUCAAUGUUUGCCCAUCACAUGGGUAAAGACAAAGAGCACAUAGGUGUUGUACCCUUGAUGUUUAGUGGUGGUUUUGGUGGUGCCUGUCUGUGGUUGGUUGUGUACCCCAUAGACUGUGUGAAGUCUCGCAUCCAGGUUCUGUCUUUAGCUGGGAAACAGAAAGGAUUCCUCAAGACCCUUAUGGGGAUUUUACGAAAUGAGGGAGUGGCACCACUGUAUUCUGGUUUGACCCCUACUAUGAUCCGAACAUUUCCUGCCAAUGGAGCUCUCUUUUUAGCCUAUGAAGUCAGUCGCAAGAUAAUGAUGCAACAGCUUGAACACUAAGUGCCAUCCAGUGCAUUUUGUUGCUUUUAAAACAGGCCUUUGGAAGUCUUGUAUGUUGGAGAAAGACUAUAUAUAUAUAUAUAUAUAUAUAUAUAUAUAUAUAUAUAUAUAUAUAUAUAUAUAUAUAUAUAUACAUACAGUAUAUAGACCGUUCUGUCGUUACACACACCUGUCUCUAUGGUGAGUUGCUCUUGAUUGCAUGUGACUCUCGAGACUCAAAGCUCUCCAUAGCAGCCUUAAUGAGGUCUUGGUACAUAUCUGAACAACUUUAAAGGCUGAAAAUGCCUGUGUUUAACAGAUGGGUGAACAAACAAUACUGUAUAUUAAUAUUAUAUAAAAUGCACAUAUUUUGUAACCUCUUGGAUAUUUAUCCACACAAAUACAUGUCAUUCAGCAACUUUACAAACACUUAAUAUGCAUUGUCAUUAAAUAUGUAUUGAAUAUUAGUUAAAGAUUUACAAAUAUUUCUGUAUAAGGAUGAUUAUUUUAGGAUAAUCAAAUAAAGUCAAACUAAUUUUUAUUUUUAACCAUGUAUCUAUAUCACAAAAGAUAUACAUCAAUUUUAUGCAAGAAAUAAUUGUGACUAAAGUGUUAUUGUAAUUGUGAUUUUACAAUAAACAUCAAACAAUGGUUUUGCCAGA